AUGGAUGGGCCGACCCUCCAUGCGCUGCUCUCAAUGGAGAAUCCGACUAUCAAAAUCGCACAUGGGGCAUCAAACUGCCACGUUACCAGAGGUAUUCCCAUUGAACCACUCGACAUCACCCGAUGGGUUGAUUUCACCUUCCAUAAUAUCAUCAGUGCCUAUGGCCACAUUCUUUCCCGACGCAGCUCAAGCUCGGAGAAAGUUAAACUUGAGAAUGCAGAGGUCGAGGAAGAAGCACGCAACCUGACCGAGCUAAAGAAAGCUGCUUAUAACUGGCUGGACUCAAUUUGUGUUCCCCUCGUCUGUGAAGGCGCCGGUAUUCUCCAAAGGAGUCUAAGCUGCCCGGACACAAUUCGCAGUGGACGAGACGCUCCGCUCAUCCCCAAGAAAGGAAGUCAGCCAAACUGGACAUUCUUCGCCGGCCAAGAUCACCGCAUCUAUUUCGUCACUGGCACUUUGCGCCUCUCGAAGGCGUGGAGCUCGGAAAAACUCAACAACCAAACACCCCGAUGCAAGGAGCCAAUCGAGCAACUUGCAAGACAUGCAGUAGAAGCACAGACCCGGUACGGCUUCGUACUGAGCGAAAAGGAGGUCGUAGUUGUGUGCUUUUACACCACUAAACAAGGAAAACCUGCGGCAAAAUGGCAACCGAUUUCGACAAGUGCAUCUGGCCAAGCGACAUUGACGGUGAACUUGGCUAUAUGGGCUCUCACUAUGAUGAGCUUAAACGACCAGCAUCGAAGCGUUGUGCAAGAGGCAUAUACAUUGCCGUUGAAUGCGUGGUCGGCGCAACCCGGUCACUAUCGCAAUCAUCUUUCGGGACGAGUUCUCCCCGACCUUCCAGCUGGUGGCAUCAUCCUGGAUCAGUAG